AUGUCGCGGAAGGACCAGGACCUCUCCGGCGCCUCCGCCUUCGACGCGCUGCGGGGAUGCUUGGCCCGGCGCCUGGGGGAGCCAAACUUCCGGCGCCUGGCGCUGGCGGCGAAGGACGCGACCCUCACCGGCGAGGCGCCGCUGCCGCUGGGCACGGAGACCAUCAUGGCGGUGGUGAGGCAAUACGACGCCGCCGCGGCGCCGGAGCUCGCGGCGGCGGCCGCCGCCGGACGCGCGGAGGAGCUCACGCGGCUCCUGGAGCGCCCGGCGGAUCCCAACCAAGCGGCCCCAAACGCGACUGCGGCGACUCCGCUGUGCGAGGCGGCACGGAAUGGCCAUUUGCAGGUGGUUCAGUGCCUGCUGGACGCCAGGGCCGAGUUGGCCUCGAAGGAAAACUUGCGGCCGCUGCUCCUCGCCGCCCGCGCCGGGCACCAGGAGGUUGCCCGUUGCUUGCUGGCCGCCGGGGACGACGUGAAUGCGGCCGACGCCGAUGGGCGGACGCCUCUCUUCGAAGCUUGUCUGGAGGGCCGGGAAGCAGUGGCGUGCUGCUUGCUACAGGCGGGUGCCGACAAGAACCAGGCGGAUAGGUGGGGUUGCACCCCCCUGAUCGCAGCAGCGCAUGGCGAUCACCCUGCGGUGCUUGAUGUGCUGCUUGGGGCCGGCGCUGAUAAAGAAGCCGCGAACCACUUGGGCCACACUCCCCUGUUCACGGCGGCGCAGCGGGGCUAUGUGCGAUCUGCCCAGCGCCUGUUUGAUGCAAGGGCGGACCUGGACGGGGCCGAGGCGAAUUUGAUGGGCCAGACGCCUUUGUUUACUGCUGCCCAUAGUGGCUGUGAAGAGCUUGUGCGCUGCUUGCUGGAAGCCGGCGCGGACAAGAACAAGUCGGACAACGAAGGCCGCACCCCGCUCUUCGAGGCCUGCUUAAAUGGCCACGAGCAGGUGGUCAGAAGCCUUCUGCAGGCGAAGGCGGACACGGGCAAAGCGGAUCUGCUGGGCCGCACGCCUUUGUUCGAUGCUGCUGCAGAGGGCCACUUGGAAGUGGUGACACUGCUGGUAGAGGUGCAACGACUUCAAGCAGAGUCCCCUGUUCGCUGCGCUGGAGAGCGGACAUCACACGGUCAGUCGGUAUUUGCAGCACGCUGGCGCUUGCAUGGAGCAGAGCGACAGCCCCAGAAGAUUGUCCCGCAGUCAUCGCAUGCAUGCGUUUCACUGCAUUGA